UCAGGCGCCCAUCUGACUCCCCUCCAGCCCUUUCCCGUCGGCAUCCUUGUGUUUCUCCGCUGCUUCUUUCUGCAGCUGUGCCAGUGGGGGCGGCGAGGGCACCUUGGCCAGGUCGUGGAGGAAAUCCCUGCCGCUGAUGAGGUCCCAGGGGGUGUAGCCGAGCAGAUGGGUCGCCACUAUCAUGCCCGAAAAGACGGCAGCUGCUCACACACACACAGAGCAUUGAGUAUUCUCAUCUUGUGUAUCUGCCCUGCCCCUCUGUGGUGUGGUGGGGGGUGGGCGAGUGCUCACCCAUCCAUCCACACCCGACGAGGUCCUGCCCGCUAAGGUAGAGGUUGCGAAUGCCCGUGGCCACACGGGGGACCGGGCUGGCCGCCCUCUCGCACGUGUGUCGCAGCCCGUAGGUGCUGAAGCGCUUCAAAAAGUGGUGCAUCGACAGUGGAGUCGACACCUCAAUGCUGACGAUCUUGUCUGUACGCAGUACACGGACAAAGACAGACAGACAGACAGACAGAGAGACAGAGUGGGUGUGGACGUGGCAGCGCAGGUGGUGCAUCUUCGGUCUGUCUCACCUUGCAGGCUUGGGAAGUGUCUGGUCAGGGAUCUCUUGAACUUGUCUUCCAGCUGCCUCUUCACGUCCUUGUAGGCCGCCGUCCGGCGGGUCGUGUCAGCCCCUCCAAGUGCUGCGAUGCAACAGAAACGGACACAGCAAAGUGCGAAGGGAUCGGUGGGUCUUUCUGGCUGCUGGGUCGCUGACCUUCAUUCAGCUGUUCGAACAUCUCUGGUGCGGCCUCCAUGAUGAUCUCGCAGGUGGAAAUGCCGGGAUGGCGAGCCGCGUACUUGGGGUCCUUGGCGGAGGGGAAGGCUGCAUGGCACACACACACACACACACAUGGAUGGAUGGAUGGAUGGAUGGGUGAUGUGCGCACGGAUCGACAGUCAGCUGGCGGCACGCAUGGCUUACAGAUCAAGCACCACGCGUCACGGUCGGCGUCCAGCAGGGUAUUGCCAUACUUGGAAACGAGCACAUCGAGACCCUGGCCCUACACGCAGGCAGACGAGACAAGCACAUGAAUGCCCCAUCCACCACCCAUCGCGCGACAUACAUCUCGUUGUUUUCUGUCUCAAGCUGCAGUAAGUACCUCUGUGGGGCCCUGAGGGAAUUAGAACAGGUUGUUGGUGGGCAGCAGCAGCUCGUCCGAGUCGCCCCUCAGGGUGACGAAUCCGAUGACGUUCGAAAUGCCCUCGCCCACGUCCUUGACCAGCUUCGCUUCGCUCGCCAUGUAGCGGUCCACUUCCUCGCGCGACAACAAGUGGCCCUGAAUGCACAGACACACACACGCUGUUCUGUUCCACGUGUGUAGGGUCUUGUGUGUCGCGUGUUGGUCGGUCGGUACCUGCCAAGAUGACAAACGUACCAGUGUGGCGGAGAGGCCGACAGAGGAGAUGACGCCCCGCCUGCUUCUCAACACAUCCCCGCCAGACAGCUCCACGCCCUCAGCCACACCUAAUUUAUCACACACACGAAUGAAAGCAGCGACAUCCAUACCGACCGAUCCCAUGCCCAGCCAGCCUUAGCCAGCCUUGUGUGUCGCGUGCGUCCUGCAUUGCCUUGCCUGUCUACCUUUGUUGACUAGAAUCUUGUCCACCUUGGCCCUCACGAACACGCGGUUGCCGGCCUUGUGAAUGGUCGAUAUGAGCGUCUCGACGAAUCGGAGUGGGCCACCCACAGGGAAGUACGCCCCGUGCAGGUAGUGCCUCGUGAUAUUGGCUUGGACGGUGAAGCUUGCUGUGUUUGGCGCCUCGCCGAAGUCCAGACACUGCCCGGCGAGAAUGCCCUCCUCACGCAAAUCGCCACCCAGCUCCUGCACCACCUGCACACACACACACAGAGAGAGAUGCAUGGAUGGAUGGAUGGAUGGAAGGGGCGUCCUGUGUAGCGCUGCGCACCUGUCGUGUCGUCUUUCUUGCCCACUUGAGGCCAUCCCCGCCGAGCAGCAGCAGCCAGAACCACUGACAAGGACACAGACAGCACCACAAGGGUCUCGUUCGAUCAUCCCUCCCCUCCCCAGGCGCACCCACCUACCUGCACGAUGGGUGAGAAUGCUUUGGAGAUGGCGACCAUCCCAUUGCUCUUGGCGGCCCGAUGCACCGUCUCCAGCCAAUCAGACACUAGCUGGGGGCGCAUGUGCCGAGUCAUCUCACUCACGAACGCUUCCUUGCCCGCACGGAGCCUGCUCAACCACAACCACAUCAACAACCACGACCACACCCAUGCGCACACAUCGACCCGCCCCGCCCCUCUCCCGUCAUCACACCGUCAUCGCACCCACCUGAUCUCCUGCUCUCCAAAUUUGAUGAUGUCGUACAGCCCCUUGCCGGUGCCGUCCCUGGCCCUUGUGUCCUCAUUCUCUCUGCCCAUCUGCUGCCACGGGACGGGAUGCUCGGCAUCUCCGACCAGACGCAUGAGCGAGUCUGCUAGCUGCUUGUCGCCGAUGUAGUGGAUGCCCGUGUCAAACGUAGCCCCUGAUAGAGGCAGGACACACAACACAACACAACACAACACAACACGGCACAAGGACACGCAAUGGAUGGAUGGAUCGAUGGAUGGAUGAAUGGAUGGAUGGAUGGAUGAAUGGAUGGAGAGGUGAAUGCGUGUGUGCGCGUGGGCGUACCUUUGUCAGUGAAGACAUGGCAGCACCCUCCGGCGAUGUAGUGCUGCUCCAGCACCACCACCCUGUACCCGCACUUGCUGAGGGCCGCCGCCAGCCACAGCCCACCCAUCCCGCUGCCGAUGAUGAUAUAGUCAAUGGGGUCUUUCGGCAGCCGGGCAGCCUUGUAGGCGUAUCGCGUCAUGUCCUCCGCAUCGGGCGGCGGCGGCUGCCACUUGACCUUUCGGUAGCCUCUGGGUGCUCGGAGCGAGAGGUAGGACUUGAUCACGGCGGCAGACACUGCAAUGGACGCUGCGCAGCCGCCGAUGAGGAGCCAUCGGUCUGAGGCCCAGACGGGCAGACUCACACCCAGGUUCAAGCCGAACGCCAU